AGUCGGUAGAUUGAUUCGCUUUGUCAAAAGUAUGAGGUAAUAAUAAAUCUAAAAUCUGGUUUCCACCAUCAAAAGUGUUAGGAAAUGAACGGAAAACAAAACUGAUGUGAUGUGAAAAUGUUGACCCACUAAGUCAAAUUACAGUUUUCAAUUAGAUAAUAUACAGUCUUUUUUUAAGAAUCUUCUCUACUUUUCAUCUAUUUUAAAAUGUUUUUGUGGACGGGCUGUCAUCUAUAUAAAAAAAGUUUUCAGACGUUGGACGGAUCUGUUUUGGUGCGUGUAGGUCUAUAUAUUAAGAUAAAAGACAACUUCAGUUUCUUGGUGAUCAACAUUUCAUUAGAUUCAUUCCACGUGCUGCCUUUAUACAUAGUUGAAUGUGUUUUUAGGCUUUGGAAAAUAAGGGGUGAGUUUAGUAACCGAUGAAAAAGAAGUGAUGGAAAUGAACAGAGGCUUCAGAUCUUAACGUCGUCAUUAUUCCCACCGAUUUAUAUGGUUCAACUAUGUUUAGAUUAAGUCCAUGUGCGGUAGAGCAUGCUGAAGCACUGAUAAAGAAAACAUUGCAUAAGAGCGUGAGAGUGACUGUUCGGGACCAGGCGCGCUUUUACGCACUCACUCUCCAGCCCACUCACAUCCAGCGCUUUUUUACGCACCCUGGAUAUUUGACUCCUCUGUCCUCGGCACGAUGUCAAACCCACAUUAUUCUAUAGGAAGAAGCUGUGUGUCAUUCAUUUUGAGCUCGUGAGAGGAUCAGUCCGUUUUCUAGUCUGGAAGGCGACAUGACCAACUCGUUACCGAGUCUGGUUAUUUACUUAGACUUGUAGUGCACCUCUCAUUCCAUUUACUGUGGACCUGCCACACGGGGGUUUACUGUAUAACUUAAGGAUUUACUUGAACGUCGUCGAUAUUUCUAUCAGGGAUAAGACAAAAGGACGUGAUGGGUUUGUCGUUGCUCUGCGCGCUCUGCAUGUGGAUAACUUUAGUCUGUCCUUCGGUGGGAACAGGGUAUAUGUAUCACUUUCCAGGCAUCACAGUGCAGCGGCAGCGCAUCAAAUCGGAACAGAUCGGCAGCACUGGACCGCCAGGUGCCGGGUCCCUUACCCAACUCAGGAACUGGUGUCGGUAUACUGUUUCCAAAACAGUGUCCUGUCAGGUGCACAAUGGGACAGAAACCACGGUGCAGAGGGUGGUUCAGGGCUGCAGAUGGCCUGGACCCUGUUCCAAAGUCGUCAGCUACAGGACACUUAUGAGGCCAUCCUUCAAGGUCACCUACAAGCAAGUCACUGCACUGGAGUGGAGAUGCUGCCCAGGGUUUCUGGGAAAAGAAUGUCGAGAAGAGUGUAUGAACUGUGCCAACUUCACUGACAUGAGCAGCAGAAUAGAUGUGAUUGAAUCAAAGAUCAGGCUGUUGGAGGAGACACGCUCGUCACUGCCAACAGUCAACAGUUUGCCCGAGGGCUCAACGGACAAUGAGGUGGACGCUCCUCAACCCACUCCUAUUGGACCGCCGUCAUACCUGCCACCAGGAGUACCAGGUAGCAUGGGGCCUCCAGGGCCCAUUGGACCUCCAGGACUUCCUGGUUCUGCUGGUCCUCAGGGUUUGGCUGGAGGACCAGGCCUUCCUGGACCCAUCGGACCAAAGGGAGACCGAGGCUCACCUGGAGAAAUGGGUCUACCCGGCCCUCCUGGUCCACCGGGUCCUCUGGUGCCAAGCUCCUCUCCAGUACAAGUGCGGGGUGACAUCUUCCAAGUUGAAAACCGAGAGGAGAUCUCCGCCCACACACCUCCCCCUGCUCCUCAGAUCAUAGUCGGGCCACCCGGUCCAACAGGUCCCUCCGGCCCCUCAGGUCCAAGAGGACCUUCAGGGAUACCAGGCCUGCCAGGACAGGACGGCAAGGAAGGCGUCCAAGGCAAGCCUGGGGAUCCAGGGCCUAAAGGAGGUCCAGGAGAAAGGGGGUUUCCAGGUUUAACAGGCGAGCAGGGCCUACCUGGAGCACCAGGACCAAAAGGAGAGCCAGGAGCAGGCUUGAGUGAAGGAGAGGCCAUGCAGCAGCUCAGAGAGGCCCUGAAGAUCCUGGCCGAGAGGGUCCUGAUCCUGGAGCACAUGAUAGGCAUUCAUGACAACUCCGAGGGAUCUGGAUUUGGCAGCAUUUUGGACCCGCUGUCUUUCUCUGCCAUAAAGACCAAUCGCCUUCCGCCUGUUAAAAGCACCCCGCAAGCUCCAGCACUGGGGGAGAGACUAAGACGAUCUCCCCUUUAAGAGUGUAGUCUAAUGUUGUAUUUGUGUUCCUAACUGGACAUGCGAUUUUGUAGUAACUUUAUUUUUUAAAAUUUGUUCUUUUAGUCAAAUUAUCUUUUUGUGUGUGUGUCACAAAUGAACACUGUUGUAACACAGCAGACAUGAGAUGUUGAGCAUUUCGUCCACAUGAAAGGUUCCUUUGAGCCUUUUUCAGCAUUAUAUCAGUCAGCAUAACCUUUGCAACGGCACUUACACGUUGUUGUACAAUGAAUUAUGAUCUCGUAAAGUAUUGUUUUAGCAUCAUUCUUUCCUCAGAUAAAAGACUGUUCCUGCGAGCUGGACCCAAAAUGUACAGUAAAGUGUCAAAGACGUUCUUGGAACAACCUCCAGGCUCGUCUCGUGUUCGCCUGUCAAACUUCCUCUUCCUCUAUGUCUGUCUCUCUUGCUGUGCGCCGUCUUGUUAAAGCUGAGGUAAGACAUGACAAGCUGCCAAGAAUAUCUGCUCGACAUUAAGUUAGGUGAAAUGAAUCGCAUCUGGAGAGCGUACAUCUGGAGAGCGAAAGGAAGAGAUGCUGGAACAGUUGAGUUUUGGCCUGGAAACCGCAAACCCUGCUCGGCUGCGGUGCACCCUCACGUGAGCUGGCUGACUGAGAACUGAACCUGACAGGAUUACGUUGAGUUCUUCAUAAGCUGCCUCUGAGAUUUGUUUCCAAACUGAUGAGAUUAUUGUAAGUUGUGAGUCUCUGGGAGACCAAGCCAGUUGGUCUCUGUAUAGUAAAUGGCUGGUACAGUAUUUAACUUUCUUACUCACUUUUUUUUUUUUUGUCAAGAGUUAGAUGGGAAGAUUGUUACAAUUCUCAUUUUUGUCAAUAUGAAGCUACAGCCAGGAACUUCUUAGUUUAGCUUAGCUUAGCAUAAAGACUUAAAACCAGGGGAAACGGCUAGCCUGCCACUGCCGACCUCAUGAUGACAACCGUGCUGCGUUCACGUCAUAUAAUUCGGACUAAAAUAAUGAGCAACGGAGUGGAAAAAACGAUUUAAUUUUAGCCUGUGCUACUGUAAAGCUCAGAGAUGGAGAUUUUAGGAAAAUUUCCCACUUAAUAAAAAGAACAUACGUUCAGAAAAAUUGGAAAGGUUUCUGCAAUACAACCAACAAUCAAAUCGGAUAAUCCAUUUUGCUCAUUUAAAGGCAGUUUUAGUUAUGAUAAUGAGCCAGAAAGCUUCACAACUAAAGUAGCUUAUAGAAACCUAUCUUGAUAUUUGAAAAGCUGAUGAAGCUGAUUCUGUCGUUCAGUUUUCCUGUAUAAUGGAGGGUCAGGUCUACUGAUGUACGCCUACAUUUUAAAUAGCUUUCCUGUUUUUGUGUCUUGUGCAUGUUUCAUUUGCUUUUUAAAGUGAACAGGGUUCUGGUGUGAUUUGUUGUUUUAUUUGUACUCAGCAGAUAUUCGUGAUGAUUGUUGAAGUAAGAUUAAAGUCUUAAUAACAAAGGGA